AGAUCGCCCCACCCCAUUACUGCCUCCUGGUGGGGACCUCAUGGCUAACACACGCAAUGUGACUGAAUUCAUUUUUCUGGGACUUUCCCCCAAUCAGGAUGUGCAGAAAGUUUGCUUUGUGAUAUUUCUGCUCUUGUACACAGCAAUUGUGCUGGGGAAUCUCCUCAUUGUACUCACUGCCAUGACCAGCAGAAGUCUUGGUUCCCCCUUGUACUUCUUCCUCAGCUACCUGUCGUUCGUGGAGAUCUGCUACUCCUCUACUUCAGCCCCCAAACUCAUCUCAGAUUUGCUGGCUGAAAAGAAAGCCAUAUCUCUGUGGGGCUGCAUGACACAGAUUUUCUUCAUCCACUUCUUUGGGGGCACUGAGAUGUUCCUGCUCACGGUGAUGGCCUAUGACCGCUACAUGGCCAUCUGCAGACCCCUCAACUACACCACCAUCAUGAACCAGCAGGUGUGUGCUGUCUUGGUGGGAACAGCAUGGGUGGGGGGCUUUGUACAUUCCUUUGCCCAAGUCCUUCUCAUCUUCCACUUGCCCUUCUGUGGCCCCAAUGUGAUCGACCACUAUUUCUGUGACCUGCUCCCUCUGCUGAAACUCGCCUGCUCUGACACCUUCCUCCUUGGUCUUCUGAUCGUUGCCAAUGGGGGGACCUUGUCUGUGAUCAGCUUUGUGGUCCUCUUAGCCUCCUACGUGGUCAUCUUGCUCCAUCUGAGGACUCGAAGCUCUGAGGGGCGGCGCAAGGCCUUCUCCACCUGUGGGUCCCACAUCACCGUGGUUGUCUUGUUCUUUGGGCCCUGCAUCUUCAUCUACCUGAGGCCUUCCACCACCCUGGCUGUGGACAAGAUGGUGGCCGUGUUCUACACAGUGAUCACCCCGCUCCUCAACCCUGUCAUCUACUCCCUGAGAAAUGCAGAAGUGAAGAAGGCUAUGAAGAUGCUCUGGAUCAGGACAAUGAAAGCAGAUAAGAAAUAGAGAACAAGUCUUUGUAUUGAUCCUUGGAUUUAGAAUAACGCUGAGUCUAAACCAAUGGGGCAGAAUGGGAUGAAGAAAAGUU